AUGUUUCCACAUAAGAAUCAAUCGAGACUGGUUAAAGAAUUAAACUUGAAAUUUGAUUCCAUUAUUGCUGAAUUUAAAAAGGAAAAGGAAGCACUCAUUGAUAAUAAUACCAAACUUCAUGCUAGGGUUAAAGAGUUAGAGAAUAAGUAUCUUGAUGAUCAUGAUAGAAUUUGUCACCUAGAAGACAGUAUUGGUGAUCUAAAAAUUGCCACUGAAGAUAUAGGUUAUCAAAGUGAAGAGAACGAUGCUAGAAUUGCGAAAUUAGAACAGACUCAAAAAUCAUACAACUAUCCAAACCGGGGCUCAAAUAUUGACGACGAAUUCAUAAACCAAUCGUAA